AUGUCUCAAAAACUAGCGUAUUCUGCUACUGGAAAGGCCCUUCUUGCGGGAGGAUAUCUCGUUCUUGUUCCUGAAUAUAGCGCAUACGUCGUUGCGCUAUCAGCACGAAUGCACGCCAUUAUUCAUGGCUCCCCAGUAUCUGGAAACAAAACAACAAUCACUGCGCAAAGUCCCCAGUUUGCACAGGGAAAAUGGCGUUUUGAAGUUGAUACUUCUGGUCCUAAUGCUUAUCAGGCUAUGGUUGCAACACACUUCCCACAAAAUCCGUUUCUAGAGUACGCAAUCACUGUAGUCCUGAGCUAUCUCCAACCCAUCCACAAUUACAACAUAGAGCUAACAAUCUAUUCAGACGAUGGAUAUCAUUCUCAAGACGAAGCCAAAGGCAAUUCUGACUCCCGCUUUCAUAACCACGACCUUCCAAUCCAUAAAGUCCCCAAAACAGGCCUGGGAUCAAGUGCCGCUUUGACUGCCGCAGUGACGGCAGCUCUGCUUGGCUUUUAUCGAUCUCUUGGAGUUCCUCUCAAUGCAGACUCAGCCACACCUACUCUCUUAGACGUCAAUUCACGUGCCGACCUUGUUCUCGUGCAUAAUCUCGCUCAACUUGCCCACUGCACGGCCCAGGGCAAGAUCGGGUCAGGAUUUGACGUAGCUGCAGCUGUGUUUGGGUCUCUUGUGUACCGUCGGUUCCCCGCGGCUGCAAUUGCAGCUGUCGCAGAUCUCGGCCACACAGCCCGCGUGCCCCUCGGCGAUGAUACUAUCCCGCAAACAGCUGCAUACCUGAAAGCAAUGCGCGAACUGGUGGAUGCACCCAUCGACAAUACAGAAGGCCCAUGGGCACCGCUACAGCUGGAGCCGUGUGCCAUGCCACGUGGAAUUGCAGUGCUCAUGGGUGAUGUCCGUGGUGGGUCUGAGACUCCAAAGCUUGUCAGCACGAUUCUACAGUGGCGCAAGGACAAGCCCGAAGAGGCUGGGCGCGUAUGGACGGCGCUGAAUGCAGCCAAUAUGGGUGUUGUUUCUGCUUUAGCAGGGCUCCGUGCGCUCGAACAAAAGUUGGGUCCAAAAGCGUAUGACGAAAAACUUUUGGCUGGCGAAGGGCUGGACGAGCUCGGAGAGCAGUUGCGGCUGGUUCGCAAGUACUUGAAGGAGAUGACGGAUCUGAGCAAGGUACCCGUGGAACCUGAGGAGCAGACGCGGCUGUUGGACGCGUGCGCCAAACUGCCUGGGGUUGUGGGUGGAGUUGUUCCUGGCGCUGGAGGGUACGAUGCUAUUAGUCUUGUAGUUGUUGCAUCGGCCAUUCCUCAGCUUAAGGAGGCUUCACGUGAGCUUCCCAUUAGCUGGCUGGACCUGCGUGAGCAGAGCCAGGGCUUGGUUCAAGAGGAUCCCGAACAUACUCAGUACAGCGUUUAA